ACAAAUCAAAGGUUAGGAGCUUUGCCUCUUGUGAUUGGGAUGUCCAUAAUGAUAUCAACAAACUUUGAUGUUCCUGGUGGUGUUGUGAAUGGAUCCGUCAGUACACUCGAGAAAAUCCGUUACAAGACUGAUGAGGAAGGUCGCCGGUAUGCUUUAUCCUGUGUUGUUAAGCUUCCUUCAAUGAUUGCUGAGAAGCUGCCAGAAUUGGCUGAGCGAGAAGCAGCAGCAUUGCCCGAUGAGGUCGACUUA